GAUCUCACCAGUGUGUCUCAGCUGACUGGCAGCUCUUAGAGCAGUCUAUAAGAUCGCACAGCACUCUCAUGUAUACUUCGUACAUCCGACUGUCAUGAAUCUGAUAACCAGAAAUUCAUUCAGACUUAGAGCACUUCCGCACCGUCUGAGCAGUCUCACUUCUCUGCGACAACAGACAACAUGCGCAACCACAGCAACACCAACUUUUCCCUGCGUCGAUGCUCAUGCAGCUCGUGAAUCUAGGAUAUUGGCUUCCUCGUUCUACCGUUAUUCACAGACAGACACACAAGCAUCAUCAAGUGACAGUGGUCCGGAACCUCCCUAUGCUCGCCCUAAUCCACUGUCAUAUAAUACGUACCACCAUCAGUAUCCGCUUGAAUUGACGUAUGGGUCUACGCUGCCGUCGUUUGACAUCGCCUAUGAAACAUGGGGCAUACUCUCUCCAUCUCGGGACAACGUAAUUUUACUGCAUACUGGUCUCUCGGCAUCUUCGCAUGCCGCCUCUACGGAGCUUAACCCGACAGAGGGCUGGUGGGAAAAAUUCAUCGGCCCAGGACGUGCACUCGACACCAAUCAUUUUUUCGUAAUAUGCACAAACGUGCUGGGAGGAUGUUAUGGCUCCACAGGUCCUUCCUCGCUCGAUCCAGAAGGUCAACGAUAUGCAACUCGAUUCCCGAUCAUAUCUAUCUUUGACAUGGUGCAAGCCCAAUUUAAGCUGCUUGACCAUCUGGGCGUGCAAAAGUUGUAUGCCAGUGUUGGCUCAUCCAUGGGCGGGAUGCAAAGUCUUGCUGCAGGAUGGCUCUUCCCAGAUCGUGUGGGCAAGAUAGUGAGCAUUAGUGGUACCGCCAGGAGCAGUCCAGGUAGCAUUGCAAUGCGUCAUGCUCAACGAAGCGUUCUCAUGGCCGAUUCAAAUUGGAACAAUGGCUUUUAUUACGACAACCUACCACCACAUACAGGAAUGAAAUUAGCCCGUCAAAUAGCGACUAUAACAUAUCGCUCAGGUCCUGAAUGGGACCAACGAUUUGGAAGGAAACUUCGGGAACUGAAAGAUGGACAGAGCCCGUCUCCAUCGCGGUCGCCAACACUUUGUCCUGACUUCCUUAUCGAAACCUAUUUAGAUCAUCAGGGAGAGCAAUUCUGCCUGAAGUACGAUGCCAAUUCUCUCCUUUACAUCUCAAAGGCAAUGGAUCUCUUUGACCUUACCCUUCCUGCUCUCCAAGAGCUCGCGAUGACCACCACAACACAUGCUCCGCCAUCACCGUCAACGUCAUCGUCUUCUUCUCGGCAAUCUCCGGUACCGUCUAAAUCUCAUCCACCACCGUUGCAUUACGCACCUCACUUUCCCGAACUUGCUGCUGGCCUUGAGCCGCUCAAAUCGAUACCUAUUCUGGUGCUUGGGGUUCAGAGCGAUAUUCUUUUCCCAGUCGAGCAGCAGCGUGAGCUCGUCGAUGCACUUCGUAUGGCUGGUAGUACGCAAGUCAGCUACUUUGAGCUUGGUGGGGUCUGGGGACAUGAUACCUUUUUACUCGACGUAUUGAACGUUGGAGGGGCGGUGAGGGGGUUCCUAUCUUAAGCUCGUCCUGGAAAUGUUGUUUCACCACAGUCGCCGGUGUUUUCAUAUUGCGCUGUUUGAUCGGUGCAACGUUCGUGAAUUCUGUUUUAAUAUUCGGAUCAUGAUCAAUGCUAUGGAAUUCUUCAACUUCUAAUACUUGCGGUCUCGCACCCUAACUUAAAUGUUGGUCUCAAAGUAUGUGGGCAGUGCAGAGUCCAGACAC